CGGCGGCGGCGGCAGCGGCGGCCGCGGCCGGGCGGGACCGGAGGGCGCCGGGAGCGCCUGCAUCACUGGGCGCGGGCUGCAGCGGAGCCGGAGUGAGCAGGUGCAGCGAGGAGCGCGCGCCGCGGCCGGGUGCUACUGCAGUGGCGCGGCCGGGAGACAUGGCGGCCGCGCGCCCCUGAGGACGCGGAGCCCGGAGCCCCCCGGCGCCCCGCCCGGGCCAUGCGGCGCGGCCCCUGAGCGCUCCCGGGGGCCGGCGCCCCGGACGCGGCCGUGAGCGCCCGCCGCGACCCAGCAUCCGCGCGCGCGCGGCCUCGGCUCCCCGGACGCGCGGCUGCGAGCCGGCGCCGCACUCUGCCUGGCGUCCCCGCCGGCCUUGGCCGGCUCGCUCCGCCGCCGCCCGUGCGCCUCCUCCGCCUCGCGCGCCGGGGCUAUGGCCGCGGCCGAGGCGCUGCAGACGGCGGACCAGUACCAGGCCGAGAUCGAGCGGCUGACCAGGGAGCUCACGGAGACGACGCACGAGAAGAUCCAGGCGGCCGAGUACGGGCUGGCGGUGCUGGAGGAGAAGCUGGCCCUGAAGCAGCAGUACGACGACCUGGAGGCCUCCUACGACGGCCUCAAGCAGGAGCUGGAGCAGCUGCGAGAGGCGUUUGGGCAGUCCUUCUCCAUCCACCGGAAGGUCGCUGAGGAUGGCGAGACCCGGGAGGAGACGCUGCUGCAGGAGUCGGCGUCCAAGGAGGCUUACUACCUGGGGAAGAUCCUGGAGAUGCAGAACGAACUGAAGCAGAGCCGGGCUGUGGUCACCAACGUCCAGGCCGAAAACGAGAGGCUCACAGCUGUCGUGCAGGACCUGAAGGAGAACGGCGAGGUGCUGGAGCUGCAGCGCGCGCGGAUGAAGGACGAGAUCCGCGAGUACAAGUUCCGGGAGGCCCGGCUCCUGCAGGACUACACGGAGCUGGAGGAGGAGAACAUCACGCUGCAGAAGCUCGUGUCCACGCUCAAGCAGAACCAGGUGGAGUACGAAGGCCUGAAGCAUGAGAUCAAGCGGUUCGAGGAGGAGACGGUGCUGCUCAACAGCCAGCUGGAGGACGCCACCCGGCUGAAGGAGAUCGCGGAGCACCAGCUGGAGGAGGCCCUGGAGACCCUCAAGAACGAGCGGGAGCAGAAGAACAGCCUGCGCAAGGAGCUGUCGCAGUACAUCAGCCUCGGCGACAACCACGUCAGCCUCUCCGUGGACGGGCUCAAGUUUGCCGAGGACGGGAGCGAGCCCAACAACGACGACAAGAUGAACGGCCACAUCCACGGGCCCCUGGUGAAGCUGAACGGAGACUACCGGCCGCCCGCCCUGCGCAAAGGGGAGCCCCUGCACCCCGUCUCGGACCUGUUCAGCGAGCUGAACGUCUCCGAGAUCCAGAAGCUGAAGCAGCAGCUCAUGCAGGUCGAGCGGGAAAAGGCCAUCCUGCUGGCCAACCUGCAGGAGUCGCAGACACAGCUGGAGCACACGAAGGGGGCGCUGACGGAGCAGCACGAGCGGGUGCACCGGCUCACGGAGCAUGUGAACGCCAUGAGGGGCCUGCAGAGCAGCAAGGAGUUCCGGGCCGAGCUGGACGGGGAGAAGGGCCGGGACUCGGGGGAGGAGGCCCACGACUACGAGGUGGACAUCAAUGGCUUAGAGAUCCUCGAGUGCAAGUACAGGGUGGCGGUGACCGAGGUGAUCGAUUUGAAGGCAGAAAUUAAGGCUUUGAAGGAGAAAUACAACAAAUCGGUAGAGAACUACACCGAAGAGAAGGCCAAGUACGAGAGCAAGAUCCAGAUGUAUGAUGAGCAGGUGACGAACCUUGAGAAGACCACCAAGGAGAGCGGCGAGAAGAUGGCCCACAUGGAGAAGGAGCUGCAGAAGGUGACCAGCGUCGCCAACGAAAAUCACAAUACCCUCAACACAGCCCAGGACGAGCUGGUGACGUUCAGUGAGGAGCUGGCUCAGCUGUACCACCACGUGUGUCUGUGUAACAAUGAGACCCCCAACAGGGUCAUGCUGGACUACUACAGGCAGAGCAGAGUCACCCGCAGCGGCAGCCUCAAGGGGCCCGACGACCCCAGGGGACUCUUGUCGCCACGACUGGCCAGGCGGGGCGUGUCGUCCCCCGUAGAAACAAGGACCUCAUCUGAACCAGUUUCAAAAGACAACACAGAGGCCAGCAAAGAACCCAGUCCAACCAAGACCCCCACCAUCUCUCCUGUCAUCACUGCCCCGCCUUCAUCUCCAGUAUUAGACACGAGCGACAUCCGCAAAGAGCCAAUGAACAUCUACAACCUCAAUGCCAUCAUCCGGGACCAAAUCAAGCACCUGCAGAAGGCUGUGGACCGGUCCUUGCAACUCUCUCGCCAAAGAGCAGCGGCCCGGGAGCUGGCCCCCAUGAUUGAUAAAGACAAGGAGGCCUUAAUGGAGGAGAUCCUCAAGCUCAAGUCCCUGCUGAGCACCAAACGGGAGCAGAUCGCCACGCUGAGGGCAGUGUUGAAAGCCAACAAGCAGACAGCCGAGGUGGCGCUCGCGAAUCUCAAGAACAAGUAUGAAAAUGAAAAGGCGAUGGUGACGGAAACCAUGACCAAGCUUCGGAACGAACUGAAGGCUUUGAAAGAGGACGCUGCGACUUUCUCAUCCCUGAGAGCGAUGUUCGCAACAAGAUGUGAUGAAUAUGUCACGCAGUUGGAUGAGAUGCAGCGACAGUUAGCAGCCGCAGAAGACGAGAAGAAGACUCUGAACACUUUGUUACGAAUGGCUAUCCAGCAAAAACUCGCCCUGACCCAGCGGCUGGAGGACCUAGAGUUUGAUCAUGAGCAGUCCCGGCGCAGCAAAGGCAAGCUUGGGAAGAGCAAGCUCGGCAGCCCUAAAGUAAGUGGGGAGGCGCCCGUCACCGCGCCCACCGUAGACACUUACCUCCUGCAUAGUCAGGGCCCACAGACACCCAACAUUCGGGGCAGCAGUGGCACUCAGAGGAAAAGACAAUUUUCACCUUCCCUUUGUGAUCAGAGCCGUCCCAGGACGCCAGGGGCUUCCUACCUCCAGCAUUUAUUAAGCGUUCCCCCUGAUCCCACCUCCACAGAAUCAUUUCUUCUGAAGGGCUCCCCUUCCAUGGGUGACUUCCUCCAAGGGCAACGGCUCAGCAAGGAAAAAAGGUUAACCGUGGCUCCACCAGAUUGUCAGCAGCCUGCUCCCUCCGUACCGCCACAGUGCUCACAAGUAGCUGGGAGGACAGACUGCCCGACGGUCAGUCCUGAUGCAGCCGUCCCCGAGGAGCAGCCGCCGGGCAGCUCCCAGUGCGCCCCCCUCCACUGUCUGUCCAAGCCUCCUUACCCCUAGUCUGCAUCUCCCGUGGACGAGCACCUGGGGUGAAAGCCUGGUGGCCACACGCGGGACACUGCCCACGGUCCAGCGGAUAGCUGCUUCUCACUUGUUGGACGUGUGAUUGGAUGGACGCCCAUCGCGUGGAAGACGGAGAAGGUUGAGCCGAAGCAGAGACCCUGGAGUGACAAGAUCUCGUGGUUUCCCUAGGUCACACGUACACUUCUGCCAUCGAAUGAAUACAGUUCAGUUACAAGACAAAAUGCAAGUAGGACGCAGGAAACACCUAUGUCAGACUGCUGACUUGGCCUCCAUAGCAUGAGAGAGACCCGCGACCACGUUGUAUGCCUGUACUGGGACGUCAUCUUUCCUCACUCCAGAUUCGGCUGUAGAAGUUGAUUCCAGUAGCUUUCAUCUUGCAUAUUUAUUUUGUACUUUCUCUGCUCUAUGUUUUAUGUCUAUAAAAAUAACUUCGGCGAGAGGUGAAUUUAAUUCAUUCAUUUUCAAGGAAGCAUCAUCUACUCAGUUAUGUCUGAGUUUUGAGUUAGCUUGAACCUGGAAUUGGCUGGGUGGGGGUCCGUGUUCUUGCACAAGAUGAGAAGGGAGGUGCAUCCGAAUGGUAACAGUACCUGUGUUUUGCUGCUACGCUGAUGUCGUUUGUGCACUUAUUUCCUAAUCAGUAGCUCAUUAACUGCUGGUUUUUUUUUUAUUUUAAACUAGAGUUCUUCACUGAACAUUAUUAAGUAAAUCUAAGAGAGAGACUAAGUUAUGAUUCAUUGACUUAUUCGAGUUUUCAAUUUGAUUUUUAAUGCAAUUGAGUAGAUGUAUUGGUGCUGCCCCUGUGUGUGUGUGUGUGUGUGUGUGCGUGUGUGUGUGUCUGAAUGUCAAAGAAGGCUAAAGAACUUGAAGGGAAAACAUGGUGUAGUUAGUGACCUGAAUUUUUUUUACUCCUCCCAUACUCCCAAAUUUAGGGUUCUACCAUGAAUCUUUCCUGCUAAAAAUUAUCAAGUAUAGAUGCAAACAUACACAGAUAGGUAGAUACAAGUUAGCCGUUGACUGAUUAGUUUACCCAGAAAGUGUUCAGAUCUUGAUUCAAAUGGUAUGUUUUGUUAUAUUUUUUUCAUAGUGAAUCUUCCUUGCCAAAAAGAAGAGAUAAUAAACCUUAGCUCACUGUCUACCUUUGACAAACACUCAGGUGCCUACAGCCCUCCUGUUGUAUUGAAAUAAUAGCUGUUCCUGAUGCGUUCACAGAUUCUGCUGGGUGCGUGUGUGACUCGGUUUAAGGCAGUGGCUUUUCAUAAUGAAGUUUAUUUUGCUCAUAACCGACAGACAAGGAAGGCGGCUUGUUGCGCUGAAAGGCCUAACACUUUCGGGCUCCUUAACUCUCAAGGGCUUCCCACAGUGGCUGCUCGUGCUGAGUGCUUGCUUUCCGGUUGCCUUAACAUAUUUAGAACCAUAAAGGUUUUACCACUUUCCACGUAACUUCUCUUGGAAACGCAAAACCAUCCUGACUGUUCACACAGGGGAGUUAACACUGUAGACCCAACAGUAGGGCGUGGGCUUACCGGGGUAGGUGGCCCCAGGAGGCCAAGGGUAAGUUGGAAAGCACUGGACAGGCGACUCGGAUCAGCCACAGGUCCGCUAAGUGCUGGUCACUGUUACCAAAGCAACCAAGAAGUGCUGCAGUUACAGGAGUGCAGCUGGGAGGAAGCAGUUGAGAACUUCACGCAAACAGGGAUUCAGGCGAACGAGCAGAAACAGAAACAAAACCAGUCUCCGUCCCGUGCUGCUCCCCGCAGCCCGGCUGCCUGCUCUGUGCUGCCUGCACUGCCCUGCUGCCGCCGGCCCCGUACCCGCCCGCGAGACGGUGCGGCCCGAGCCCGAGCCCCGCUCGGGAAAGCUUGCCCCUGUCUGCGCUGUUUCUUUUUCUUUUUUCCUUUUUCAAGCACCAUGUGUUUAGACCUGAGAAGGGACGUAGCUGCUAGGUUGACUUUUAAUAAAAACUCGUGGUGCCUGAGGGAGAACAUGCCUUUUUGAGAAGUACCUCAGAACAUCCUGUCAGUGUUGUUCCGUGGGCCUGCAGGGCUGUCGGCCCGUCCUCAGUAGGCUGUCGUGCUCCUGUUCCCUUACUGUGGAUCGGCGGCCCCACAAAAAGCCAGGUCGUUACAGAACCUUUCAUUUCUUCCAGUGCAAAACUUACCAUUAAGUCUAGUAUGGUCUGGUGUUAUCUCAGAUCUUCACGGAAUGGGAAAUGCUUUAGUUUUCUGAAAAUCUUAAGUUUAGCAAAACUUCGCCAAGAAGAUCCAGAAACGUGGCAAUACAGUUCUCAUUUUCAGCACAAAAGUGGGUGACAGUGCCUACGCAGGAAGACAAGAUACCAUGCAUUUCCAUUGUGGCGUCAGUUAGUAGCUAAAACAGAGUGGGAGCUGUGUUUGUUUAUAAACCUUUCAAGUGAAUAGAUCUGUGUGGUAGUGACCAAAAUCAGUACCUGCAAAGGUAACAUCAGGAUUCAAAAGGAAACUGUAAAACAGAAGAACUAGUGGAAAUCAGAAGCAGUGAACCUCAGACUAAUUGGAGACAUCCCCCGGGAAGAAAUGCAGACUGUAGAACCAAGACUGAAUUACCGGCUAACCGGGCAGACACAAUGAACGCAGGUUAAAAGUAACUCGUGGUUAGCUAAGGAAUCAGGUAGUUUUUUAAAGUAAGCACAAUUAUAAUACUGAAAAGAAUAGCUCCUAUGCAGAACGCUUUUCUUAAAUGGAACUAGAAGGGACCAGUCACCUGCUGUGGCCUGGAGCGUGACGGACCUUGGUUUAACCGCAGUGAACUCCGGAUUCUCCAGACCCCUUUGAGGAUCCAGUUCUAGACUGCAGUGAAAGGGAUUUGGGGAACUGAGAACACCAAGUCAUUCAAUGAUUGGGAAAGGACCUGUUGAGAAAUUACACUCUGCUUAGCCUAACAAGAAAAGGUACAGCAGUGAGCUUCAAGAAAAGAGAAUUGAAUAAGUGAUGCGUACGAGCCAAAGGUAUCACCUCUGAGAACAGAGUAAGAAAGGCUUCGUGUGUAGGAUUUACAUUAACUCUAGGAAAAAGAUAUGUAGGAAUGGAAAGUUAAUCAUUGAAGUCCAUAACCAAAAGGAAGGUUUUAAGUUGAGUAUUUGGUAUUUAGUAAGCAGUAAGUGCUAAGAUAUCUUAAAAUAGUACAAUUCUGGGAGUCCAUGAUCUUGUGAUCCUUUUAUUUUAAAAUUUAAGAUACAUUGAAGUUUUACUGGCUAGUCAUAAAAGAGUUUAUCCUUUGACAGUAGGAUAGCAAUCUUAAUUUUUGCAAGAUACAUGGUUCAAAAAAAGUUGAUUUUUUGCAGCUAUAUUUCAUAAUAUUUUCAGAGUUGUCCAGAAUGUAGUGAUUUUGCUAUUAAAAAAAAAAAAAAACUCAAUUGUCAAAGUCUAGAAACCCAAAUUUCUUGGGACUAGUCCAGAAAUAGAAGGUAUGCAACCCCUUAGGUGGAGGAAAUGCUUCUCAAAUUUUAUCUUUUCUCAAAAGGAUCUUCACUCUACAACACUGGCUUUCUCCGUGCUGUGGAGAAUACCCUAUAAAAGAUAAAUUCUGUAUCACACAAGUACGACACAUUGGUCCAGUAAACUAAGGAUGUGGAAAUUUCUUAAUCUGCUGUUUAAAAUCCUGUACUGUUUUCAGGCAGAAAUUACAAAACUUGAAAAAGGAGAAAUGAAAUGCAAAUGUAACAUAUAAUUGUCAUGCCAAAAGAUAGAAUCUGCCUCAGAAAGACCCCCAGGGGAAACCUGUGGUUUUCCACUGAGGAACAGCUGGCUCCACCCAGGGAUGCCACACAAGCUUUGAUCUUGUAGAUGUCCAGUAGGACUAGGCUGGAAAGAAACUCUUAGGUAAAGGUCAUAAUUUUAAAAGGUUGACUCUCCAGUUCUCUGUUUAUAAGCCAGAGUGAUUUAAAGUGAAGCUUGUAUUUGGAGAUUGCGAAGAGUUUCAAGAACGUGUGUUUGAGCAAGGCAAACGUAACUUCUGAUCAGUGCUGAUCGGAACAGUUUUUUAGUUUGACAUCAAUUUCUAUGGACACACAAGACCAAUCUAGCUCCCGAGCGACCUUUUCCACCAUCUGCAGUAAUGCUCCCAGAUGAGUCGUGUCAGCAGUUGAGUUCAUCUUUAUUCCAGUGGCAAUUUUAACUGCCAUAGUCCCUGAGGAGUUGUAUCUGUAGCCUGAUUCUACUGUGUUGACACCAGAAAGAUUUCCACGGGACCUCUCUUUUUUCUUUACUACUCCAAAUGUAAUUGAACUAAUGUUUUAGCUUCAGCUAGGUUCUCCAGUUGAGGAUUUUACAGAAACAUAUUCUGUUUAAGAGGAGCACUUAGACUGCUUUAGUGCAAGGGCUGGAGAGCAUAGAGGUAUGCGGUAAAGUGUUUGCGUGAGUUAUUUCACAUCAUGGAAGCUUUCCUGUAUUCAGAAAACACGCUACAGAACUCAUUUCUCUUGUGAUCUCUCCGUUAGGGAUGUCAGGAGAUGCUUCCCUCUGUCUGCUCUCGUUUCUGUACUGAAAUGCAUGGUUCCAGGCCUCAGUGUAUAUUCAUCCCUUUCCUCUGGGGUUAGUGGAAAUUUGCCCUGUUUUAACUGAAGCCUGGCUACACUGCUGAGCCAGGUUAUGUCUCUGAAAGGAGUUUAGUUACUGUAGACCGUUAACUGAGAGCACAUUUUCAUUUGAACUUCUUUGAGAAUGAUUCUCUGAUCAUUAGGGUUCUCCGAUGAAAACAUGGAGAAGCUAAUCUGAUGCUUCUUAGUGGGAACAUGUUUUUCUUUUUAAACAGUCGUUUUCAAACACAGAUCAUGGAGCUGUCAAGUAAAGGGAAGUGUCAUCAUUUUGUAGGAAAAUUGUCUUUCACUGAUCACGGAGAUACAGAAUGAAUCAUGGGCUUCGUGGAUGUGAUUGUGCUACAUAUCUUCAAGGAGAGAUAACCAUUUUAACAUUAUUGCCACAGAUUUAAAACUCAGUGGGUUGACUGUUAGUCAACUAAACAUUUCUUUGAAAAUGUUUUAUGGCACUUUGGUAUUCAAGUCAGUGUUUUUAUUUGUGUGAUCAUGCAUAUGUGAUGAACCAAACAUGAUUCUGGUAUUGUAUUUCUUUCUCAUAUUAACAUUUGUAUCAUGUGUGGCCAACCCUGAUUUGUAUACUGUAUGAUCGUUGUACUGAUUCAGCUAAUCUGACCUUUAAUUGCAGGUUUAUUCUUACGCCCUUUGGGAUUAUGUAAUGUGAAGAGUUUCCACCUAAUAAUAAUAAUACCACAUGAAAACAUGACUAAAAGACUGACCCAAGAUGCUUUUUUGUUGCUAAUUCUUUCUAAAUAUCCUAACUUCAAAGAAAAUGUUCUCAAAGACAUACAUUUAUUCAAAGAAUUCCUAUGAUUUAAUAUUGCUUGUCUUCUUCAUUUUCUUUUUUUAUUAUAGACAAUCCUAAGUGUCUCAUGGCAGAAGCCAUUUGCUCUAUGUGCUUGUAUUGUGUACCUGAUCAUACUCUCUAUGGUUGGAAAAGGCACUCCGGUGCUAAUAAAACAAUGAGGAGCCAAUAUAUCAAUCCCUAUAUCUUGAUUUAUGUCACCCAAUGGAAUAUGAUGUCAUGCUUAACUUUUUCCAGUAAAUAAACCGGUUAUCUUUUGUUCAUUUCA